AUGUCAAGUGUUCAAUCCCAUUCAUCUAAUAAUCAAUCAUACUCAUCUGCUCUUAAUAAAAAUGCACCUACAUUCCCUACGAAAAAACAAGCCAUUUUAUUCAAUGCAUUGGACGACACCAAAUUGGAAGAAUAUUUAGUAGCUUUAGGAGAAAUAAUAGAGCCAAGAAAUAUAUUAUUUUCCUCACGUUUGUCAAAUAAUCGUAUUUGCAUUUACCUUUCCAGUGAAUCAUUAGUAGACCAAUUUAUAUCUCAAUCCGGUGAAAUAAACGUGAAAAAUGAAAUUCUUAGAGCAAGAAAACUUAUAACUCCGAGUGAGAGGCUGUUACUGUCUAAUGUUUGCCCUUCAAUCCCCCACAAUAUUAUUGAAGACGAACUCAAAAAGCUUGGCAUCAAACAAGUAUCACCUUUAACGUUUUUAAAAAUCAGCAGUCAGCUUCCAGAAUUUCAACACGUUUUAAGUUUUAGAAGACAGACUUAUAUCCAACCUCUAGAAAAUGUAACCCUGCCAGAAUCAUUCUUAAUCACCUACGAACAAACCUCUUAUCGAAUUUUCAUAAGCCUUGAUAAACCAUCCUGCAUUAUUUGCAAACAACCUGACCAUUUUGCACCGAAUUGUCCCAAUAAGGACCAACUUCAUAAUACACCCAAUCCCUCGACAUCUGUAAUCACACCAUCAUCAUCCCAGCCAUCAUUACCCACGCCGUCUCCAUCGUUAUGCACACCACCACCAGUAUCUCAAAACACUCCAUCGAGCUCAACACAACCUUCACAAAACAGCAAUCCUUCUGCCCAAACUCCCCAAAUAACAGUUGAAAAGAGUAAGCUAGGUACACCUGUCAUACCAACAGUGAUGACACAGAACGAUGAAACUCAAAUGGAAACGGAACUAUCAAAAAACAAGCGAAACAUAUCUGAACUUGAUACAACACCAUCGCCCGAUCAAGAAAAUGAAGAACCUACCUUUAAGAUACCAAAACCUCGAAAAAAGUCUAGGCAUAAUGCUGACCCCCUAAAAGAAAAAUCAAUCCAAGAAAUGAUGUUGCCAACAAAAACACUAUUUGAUAAUCCAUCACACAAUUUCGUCUUAACUUACGACCAAACUACUGAUUUUUUUGAAAAUUGUUCAGGUUCUAAAGACAUUCUGAGCUUGAUUAAAACAUAUACUACUGACAUUCCUGACUUUUUAGAUAUGCUUACCAAGCUCAGACCAUUCUUCACAGAUAAAUCAAUAAAAACAAAAUGUACCAAAAUGAAAAACAAGAUUAAUAGACUACUGGAUACAGACCCAACACCCGACCCAGACAGUGAUGCUUCGUGCUCAUCUCAAGAAACUGUAGAAAAUCCUUAACA